AUGGAAACCACAUUCCCAGCACCAUUCAAGACCGAUUCUGCCAGCCUGGUCACGGCCCUGGCGUACUCUCCCGACGGAAAGUCUCUGGCUACUGCUUACAGCGAUAAAGCGAUCCGUAUAUGGGAGACGGGAACGGGCCACCAAAUUGGGGAUGCGUUGUAUGGGCAUAGUAUGGCGGUCAGCACCAUCGCGUAUGCGCCGAAUGGACGCCGUCUUGUCAGCGGGUCCUCAGAUUCGGCGCUUCGGGUAUGGGACACAAGCACGUAUAGACGCGUAGUGGGCCCUGCCAGAGCGCACGUCUGCUCCAUCUUAGCUGCUCAAUGCUCGCCUGACGAAACACUCAUCGCGAGCGGGGACAGGAACGGCUAUCUCAAGUUCUGGAAUGCGCGUACGGGAGCAUGUGUAGCGACCAUCAAGUACCAGCCUCCCUCUGCAGAUUCUCGGCGAAGCCGCAGAGCUAUCAACUCGCUCUCGUUCUCACCCAGCGGGAAGCAGAUCGUGACCGCGUCAGAUGAUUGUCACAUUCGCAUUUACGACGUUCACCGUCACAAGCUCGCGCUCGAGCCCAUCGCCGGACACAAAGCCCGAGUCAAAAGCGUGGAGUAUUCCCCAAGCGGCACGGUCAUUGCCAGCGCUUCGGACGACCACACCAUCUGCCUAUGGAACGCCUCGACAGGAGAGCUUAUUAGACCUCCGCUCAGAAGCCACGAAGGCUGGGUCACCGACCUGUCUUUCUCUUCGGACGGGGUUCAUCUUGUCAGCGGCUCAGCAGACAGGUAUGUCCGUAUAUGGGACGUCGCUGAGGGCAAAUGCGUCUUGGGACCGCUGAUUGGGCACAGGAAGGCUGUCGUCGCAGUCGCUUGUUCUCCUGAUGGGGAGCACUUUGCUUCUUGCGAUCAGGAAACGGUGCGAAUCUGGAGUAUAUGUACGGGCGAGGCAGUACUUCCCCUAGUCACUGCUGACGAGCAUAAUGUGCUGGUUGCGGAAAGAACGAGGGCGGACCACUUUGCGCGCGCAGUAGCCUGGUUUCCAGAUGGCCUGCGCUUCGCAAGCGGUGGACAUGAUCGCGUCGUCCGGCUUUGGAACGCACAGAGCGGAGAAGAAUCCUCCCCUCCUCUCGUAUCUCACUUGAGCAGUGUCACAGCCAUAGACAUAUCUAGCGACGGUGCAUUUCUUGCCAGCGGUUCCGACGACUUCACAGUAUGCAUUUGGGACCUCAAACAUGGAGAACUUGUCACGAAACCCCUUCGUGGCCACUUUGGCAACGUUUUUGCUGUCAAGUUUAUCCCUGGCGGCACGCACCUCGCUAGCGGAGGAAUAGACAAGAUGAUUCGUAUUUGGGAUACACAGACAGGAACCACUGUCGAUACCAUCGAAAUAGAGACCAAGGCCUGUGUUAACGCUCUCAGCGUCUCUUCGGAUGGAUCCCGAUUAGCAAGUGGACACUCAGAUACAUCGAACAGGGUCCAAGUAUGGGAUCUCCGCUCGAACACACCAGUUGCGGAGCCUUUCGAUCACAGUGACGAGGUUCUAUCAGUUGCUCUGUCUCCCGAUGGUUCCCUGGUACUGAGCGGCACAGCAGACACUGUACGGUUAUGGGAUAUAUCUCGGCGGGAGCAGCUCUUCAGCUUCAAACACGGAGAUUCUGUCCGAUGCGUGCACUUCUCAACGGAUAGUGCCAAAUUUCUCAGUGCUUCGUACGACAUGACAGUCCGCGUCUGGGACACUGGCUCUAGGAGCCUGAUUCAUUCUCUACAACACUCCACAGCCGUUAGGGCAUCAGCAUUCUCCCCUGACGGACUGAGGGUUUUGAGCGGAUGCGAUGAGACCAGGCUCACGCUGUGGGACACCAUUUCUGGACAGAAGCUUCUGCCGAAGGGCACUGGCAAAGAUAAAGCACCCACUUCGACGCGUCAAUCAAAUAUUCACGCGGUGCCAGAGUCUGUCGAAAGUCUACUGAACAUAACAGCAGCACCUCGGCGACGUCUUGAAGUUCAUGCACAAGAACAGAACGACGUUAACAACGAAAGCGAAGUCACACAAAGGAAGGGUUCGAGCAUACUUGCACGAAUACUCAAGCGUAUUCAAACCCAAAGUUGUAUCACCAGCUUGGGCGACAAUACGAAAUGGCGUGCCUGGCCCCCUUAA